AUGCUGUGGACACUCUCGAGCUGGUGACGAGGACUGCAGGAGAAUUGACUGGUCCAGAGAAGGGGCGUGAGUGGAAAUGCUGCUGUAGGACCCAGUGACCUGCCAGGCAAGGAAUGCAGCUUCCUUCUGAGAGCCUCUUCUCCACGUCGCCCCACAGGCCACUCCUGCCUCCCUGGAAGGGGCACUCAGGGUUUUGCAAUCGGCCACCUAAAACUUUUGCUGAGCCAAAACAGGACGUUUGCUGCAGAACUGAGCAAGAUAUCAUUGCAUUUUGCUUUUGCAUCUUUUAAUCAUCCGGGCUCCGGUCAGAGUUGUUUAGCCUGGAGAAUCUUAAGCUGGAUUUGUAACUAUUAUUUUUGCACACGCCUUUCAAAAUGAUCGACUUAAGCUUCCUGACAGAGGAGGAGCAGGAGACCAUCAUGAAGGUCCUGCAGCGGGAUGCUGCCCUGAAGAGGGUUGAAGAUGAGAGAGUCAGACAUUUGCCUGAAAAAGUUAAGGAUGACCAGCAGCUGAAGAAUAUGAGUGGCCAAUGGUUUUAUGAAGCCAAGGCCAAGAGGCACAGAGACAAAAUCCAUGGCACAGAUAUCAUCAGAGCAUCCAUGAGGAAGAAGAGGCUCCAGGUAGCAGCUGAGCAGAGUAAGGACAGAGAAAACAGGGCAAAGGAAAGCUGGGUGAAUAAUGUCAACAAAGAUGCUUUCCUUCCCCCAGAGCUCGCCGGUGUUGUGGAAGAGCCAGAAGAAGAUGUAGGACCGGCAAGCCCAAGUCCCAGCGUGGCAGAUCCAGCUUCCGCCAUGAUUGGUAUGUCCCAGGAAAACUCCAGGAACUCUUCGGCCUCUUCAGCUAAGCAAAGGAAGAAUCCAUUUAAUAGCUCCAAGUUGCCAGAAGAUCACUUAUCUCAACAAACCAAAAACGAGCAGUCAAGAAAUGGAAGGACUGGUUUCUUUCAGACUUCAAAAGAGGGUGAAUUAUCAGGGUCCAAAGAAAAGUCACCUAUCCUGGAUAUUUCAAGCCAAAAGUUAGAGAAACCAAAGCAGACUUUUCCAGGCCCUCACAGUGGGUCCCACAUCAAACCUCCAAUCCCUAAAGCCAGGAAAAUGAUCUACAAAUCGCAUGAUCUAAAGCAGGAUGAUAACCAGUCCUUUCCUGGACAAAGGACAGACUCCCUGAAGGCCAGAGGGGCUCCGCGAGGGAUCCUGAAGCGCAACUCCAGCUCCAGCAGCACGGACUCAGACACUGUUCGUUUCCACCAGAGCUUUGAACCCAAAAGCAAGAUUGGGUCACCGGGCCCAACCAUCCACGAGAGGAUCUCCGAGAAGGAGCAUUCUUUAGAAGACGAGUCCUCCUCAAGCGCACAGGAGCCGCUGAAGCACGUGAGGUUCUCCGCGGUGAAGGAGGAGCUCCCCCCGAGUCCUGGGCUCAUCCAAGGCCGGGAAGUGGGAGAGUUCAGUGUUUUAGAAUCCAACAGGUUGAAGAAUGGAACAGAAGAGGUCGGGGACAAGGAUGAGUUCUGGAAGGACCCUACGCCCUCACCAUACAGAGAGCCUUUGCCUUUACCUCGAUCAGCCUCAGGCCCAAGUGCAUUGAAACACGAAACACAUCAGCCAAAGACUUCUGGUCCUUUUCCAAGUAACGGGCAGCCUUCCCCCUCGGAAGUUUUACCUGCAAGACCACAGUCCAGUGAGAAUUCACCCACCAUCAGUGAACACAAAGCUAAAUCAUCAGAAUUAUCAAGGCUUGAAUCGGAAUUGCCCAAAAGCCCUGCUGAUGAACGGUCUCAUGUUGAGCCUGAGCCUUCUCAGGUGCCAGAUCGCAGCCCUAGAGACCAUCAGCAAGGUAAGCCUCCUCUUCUCAAGGCUCUAAAAGCUAAGGCAUUCUCACACUCUGGUCCACAUGCCACUGAGAUAAGGAAGACAACUGAUGAUUCCAUAUCUAAAGUCCUAGACUGGUUUAACCGAAGUUCUCAUUUAGAUGACAAUAAGUCACCUCUCCAACAUCCCCGAGGAAUAGAGCCCAAAGAAAAAGCAGACUCAAAAUCACAGGCUGCUAUUGCCUUGGUGACAGAUGAUAUCAGUCUAAAAGACAAUGGCUCUAAGGCUCUGUUAUCCACCAAUGUUGAAUUGACGCCUAUGGGAUCUGAUUCGAUGUUCCAGGCAGAGGGACAUGUGCUGCCUCCUGGAAAUUGCCAAGAUAGUAAUGUGGAUAUCAAACCCAAAUCUAUUAAUUUGUCCCAACGAGGCAAAGAAGGUCCAGGCAUAUUGCAACCAUUUGAAACCUACAGUCGAAAUCAAAAGAGUAAAACUAUGGACUAUACUCAAGCUUCAAAAAACAGAGACGCAGGAAAUGGGAUACCUCACCGAACCAGUAACUAUCCCUAUAGUGCUCUCAAUAAAUCUGAUGCAGCAGGCCAAGUUCCAUGCAACAUUAAGGAUGCUGGCAGCUUAGGUGAAGAAGAGCCCAAGCUUCGUGUUUAUGAAAAAGAGAGAGGAAACUCAGAAGUGAAUUUUGACUCUGUAAAAAUCGUCAAAGAACCAAGUUCAAAAGACAACAUGAAGGCAGGGAUAGAGAGCAAAGGAGGAGAUACUUACAUCCUGAAAGCUUCAGUAGAGGCAGAGAAUAUUGAGUUGCUCCCUGGGGCUGCCAGCAACAAGUCUGCUAGGAAGAAGCCUGAGGUCCAACUACCACAAGAAGCUGGUGAGGCUCCCGAGAACCAAGUGCAAAGAGAGAAAUACAAAAGAGUGAGUGACAGAAUAUCCUUUUGGGAAGGUGAAAAUGCUGCAGCCAGACUCACCCAUAAGGAACCUAAAUCUUCACACAGUCAGGGACAACCUUCUGCUAAAGUCUAUCAGCCAGGGAGGUCCAUGGACAAUAUAUCUACAGGCCAGAAUGAAUAUAAUCAAGUCACUGCCAAAAAAGUGGUCCUAGAUGAGGAUGGCCAAGUAGCUCCUCUCUCCAGUUUUUAUUCCUUAAAUAAACCUAAAGAGACCGGGGCCCAAAUAUCAGGUCCACCCAAAAAUUAUCCUUCUGCUGACCAAUCAGAUAAAGGGUCUCUGUCUCAGAAUAAGAUAUAUGAGCCUGUAAAGAGACGGCCAGUGGCAGACAGUUCGCAUUCUGGAAGAGACAUCUCUUUGCCGGUACUGCAGCAUCCUUCAAAUGUUGGGAGUGAAAUGCAUGCUUCUUUGGAGAAAGACAGAUCACUAAUUGCUGAAACAAAUCCCAACUUUAAAGUUAUGUCCCUAAAAGAAAGAAUGGAUGAACCCAGUACAGAACAGGUUUAUAAUCACUCUCAAUUUGAGAAUUUAAGAAAGUUUUGGGACUUAGGAGCCAACUCAAACAUUCAGGAUAAUGUUGAGAAAAAUACCACCAAAACAAGCCAAAAAGAUUCUGUGCCUUUUAAUAGCCAGAAACACAAAGAAUUCCAUGACCUCAAAUCUUCAGGAGAAAAUGCCCAUGAAAUAGAGACAUUUCUAAGCCCCCCAAAACUUCCAGCAACAGAGGAAAUAGAGGGAUUAAAUUCAAAGUGCACUCUCCAGGUAUUACCACAUGACAGCACAUUUCCAUUGGAACCACCCACAAAGUCCCCUCAUCAGUUGCCAGGAAAUGAGUCAUCAAAAGAAAAUGUGCAAAAGAAUAUGGAAUGGUUGGUUACUCCAGUGUUCAAUGAAGAAAAGGAUUGCUCAGACCAAGAGAUUCAAGAAGCCAUAGUGAAAACACGUGUUAUGUCUAAAGACUACAAAGACACUUUUAAUGACAGCUUACAGAAGCUCCUUUCAGAAGCUUCGUCACCAGCAAUCCAACCUUCUGGUGAAAAAGUUCACGGAAAACAAGUGCUUGAACCAGGUGCUUCUGAAAAUGGGACAUGGCCUCAGAAGACAGAUACUGAGGAAGCAGCCAAAGGACGUCAGGACAUCAUUAAUGAGCAGGUAGACAAAACAGUAGCUCCUCCAAAGGUCAAGCCAAGCACUUGGGCUGCCAGUCUAGAUAAACUCCUGAAGGAAGGAACUGGGACUUUACCUUCUCCCUUGCAAACUAAGUUGGAACCCAUCACCCCGAGGAUCAACUCUGAGCCUGGAGAAAGGAGAGUUUUUGAAAAAGGUGUAGAACGGAGUCACAACUCAUCAGCCAAUCAGAGAGAGAUCAUCGCUCCUUUUCCAGGGGGGCAAGAAACUCUCGGAAAGACAGCUCUCUCCCCGCAAGCGGAAAGUGGUGAGUACCAGCUAAACUCGGAAAACUUGUGUCAGAUGGCUGCAGGAGGUUCUCACCCAGUGGACCAACCUUCCCAUCUUCACAGAAAGGAUUCUUUGGGACUUGAGGCCAAAUCUCCCCAAGAUAUGCCUUCUUCCAGCGACGCUCAUCUUGCUCCCCAGGGUAAGGCACUACCUCCUCAAAGGGAAGUUUCGGAGACUGUGGAAAAAGUCGUUGUUCCACCCAAAUCUGCCUUGAAUGAUGUAAAUGUUGUAUUACAAAGGCUGCUUAGGGAAGCUGCGUUGCCUUAUCCAGUUGGGAGGGAAGUCGUUCCUGGAGAAGUGAAAGCAGAAUUUCCUGAAGGAGUACAAGCAGCAGGUAGCCUCCCAAAUUCUCCCGGAGUUAUCCCACCAUCGGCUACAGUGGACGUUACAGUUCCAGACAGAAAGGAUGCUUACUCCUUCAGUGUAGCAGUUCCUGACAAAACUCAUGACACUGCCUCUCAUUUAGCUGCCCCGGUGUGUCUAUCUGAACAAAUCCCUCGCUCAUUUGGCUCCACUGUCGCUCCGUACAGCAAAGAGUUACCCCAGGAAGUGACAGAAAUUGUGAGGGAAACAAUUAUUCGACCUAAAUCAGAGCUCCUUGAACUCAGUGCCAGCUUAGAGAAACUGCUGAAGGAAACAACGGAAACUCUCUCCUCUAAAUCUGAGAGCAACACAGGGAUGCUCUCUCCAUCCAAGUUAGCAGGUUGUACUGAGGUGCCCAGGCCAGCUGCUUCUGGAUUCCAUCCCGAGGAAAUAAAAGAAACAGUACAAAAGGCUGAGGCUCCGGCAAUAACUGAGAGCGCUUUUGAUAUUGGUUUUGAGAAACUCCUUAGAGAAACAUCUGAAGCUCCUCCUUAUGAGCCCCAGGUGUCAGGGAAGGAAGGAACUCCCGAGAAGGAGACCUCCAAGUCAGAGCAGGCCAGGUUUCUGGGGAGAACCCAAGAGGCCCCUGAAAUGAAGCUUAAGAGUAAUGUGUUCAAGCCUCGAGUCAAACCCUGGGCUAAAGGGUUGAGAGGAGAAGCUGUGAGUGGUUUGUCAGUAGAUGUCUGUGGUUAUGAGAGUGGAGCUGAGAUCCCUGGAGCCCUUUCUGUGGACCAUGAAAUAGGGCUCAUUGAAACUACAAAGUCCCCAGAGCCCAGGGAGAGUGAAACUGAGGUUGCUGGGGUUCGAGAAGGAGCUUUUCAGGAGCCUGGCUGCGAAGAGGGUCCCAAAACAAUUAGUGUGUCCAGAAAUAGGCAACCUGUUCCUCUCCUGACCAACAAGGAAAAUUCUACAAAGACAAGUAAAGUCGAACUGAUUCUGGAAUCACCUUACAAGAGACAAGAGAAAGAGGAAGAAAAAGAAGGUGUCUCUGACUCUGAUUUUUCAGAUGGAAACAUCGGUCCUAAUGCAGAAAGCUGGAGAAAUACCUCCAGUUCAGAGGAAGAACCCAGUCCUGUUUUGAAAACUUUGGAAAGGAGUGCUGCUAGGAAAAUGCCUUCCAAAAGUCUAGAAGACAUUUCAUCAGAUUCAUCAAAUCAAGCAAAAAUAGAUAAUCUGCCAGAAGAAUUAGUACGUAGUGCGGAAGAUGAUCAAAAAGCAGAUCAGGAACCAGAUACAAAUGAACGCAUACCAGGAAUUUCCACAGUGCCUUCACAGCCUGACAAUCAGUUUUCCCACCCCGACAAACUCAAAAGGAUGAGCAAGUCUGUUCCAGCAUUUCUCCAAGAUGAGAGUGAUGACAGAGAAACAGAUACAGCAUCAGAAAGCAGUUACCACCUCAGCAGACACAAGAAGAGCCCAAGCUCUCUAACCAAUCUUAGCAGCUCCUCUGGCAUGACGUCCUUGUCUUCUGUGAGCGGCAGUGUGAUGAGCGUUUACAGUGGAGACUUUGGCAAUCUGGAGGUGAAGGGAAGCAUCCAGUUCGCAGUUGAGUACGUGGACUCUUUGAAGGAGCUGCACGUCUUUGUGGCGCAGUGUAAAGACUUAGCCGCCGCAGACCUCAGAAAACAGCGUUCAGACCCAUAUGUAAAGACUUACCUGUUACCAGACAAGGGCAAAAUGGGCAAGAAGAAAACAUUUGUCGUGAAGAAAACUUUGAAUCCUGUGUAUAACGAGAUACUGCGGUAUAAAAUCGAAAAGCAAAUCUUAAAGACACAGAAGCUGAACCUGUCUGUAUGGCAUCGGGAUACAUUUAAACGCAAUAGUUUUCUUGGGGAAGUGGAACUUGAUUUGGAAACUUGGGACUGGGACAGCAAACAGAAUAAACAAUUGAAGUGGUACCCUCUGAAGCGGAAGACAGCACCAGUUGCCCUUGAAGCAGAAAACAGAGGUAAAAUGAAAUUAGCUCUCCAGUACGUCCCAGAGCCAAUUCCUGGUAAAAAGCUUUCUACAACUGGAGAAGUACACAUCUGGGUGAAGGAAUGCCUUGAUCUACCCAUGCUAAGGGGCAGCCAUCUGAAUUCUUUUGUAAAAUGCAUCAUCCUGCCAGAUACAAGUCGGAAAAGUCGCCAGAGGACAAGAGCCGUGGGGAAGACCACCAACCCUGUCUUCAACCACACCAUGGUGUACGAUGGGUUCAGGCCUGAAGAUCUGACGGAAGCCUGCGUAGAGCUUACCGUCUGGGACCAUUACAAAUUAACCAACCAGUUUUUGGGAGGCCUUCGGAUCGGCUUUGGAACCGGUAAAAGUUAUGAUACUGAAGUGGACUGGAUGGACUCCACUUCAGAGGAAGUUGCUCUCUGGGAAAAGAUGGUAAAUUCCCCCAACACUUGGAUUGAAGCAACCCUGCCUCUCAGAAUGCUGUUGAUCGCCAAGAUUUCCAAAUGAGCCCAAAGUCCAUUGGCUCCUCCACCGAAAACUACUAACACAGGUGGAAUCGGAUCUUGAAAAUCUGACCGCGUGGACAGAGAUCCGCACCUCCUAUCUGUCGGCACUCAUUUUAAAGUCAACCUGCAUGUGCCUCUUUGGUUACAGGCCCACGAUAUUUAAAUAAUAACAAAAUGUGUAACAUACUUGUGACUCCAACGUUAAAGAAGAUAUUGGAGAAAGCUAGGAAAAUCCACCUGUUGCUUCAAAGAAAAAGCUGCCCCCCCAAAAAAAAAAAAAUUAAAUCUGGGGUGUUAACAGGAAAAGUUUUCUAGUUUUCCAUCCUGUGCUUCACACCAGUCUUGUGCUACGGUUAGCAAAGCCUGCCUCUUGACCAUUGAAAUUCCUUACAGCAACUGCAGAUACGUAGGUUGUGGAAAACAGUGACAGAGAUAUCCCUAUCGGGGGGUGGGGAGGAGACAGAAUAUCAGUGAUGAUAAAGAAUUUGACCAUAAGAAAACUAUUUACUCUGUAAUCUCUAUAAAAUAUGGAAUUCCACAUUAGGGCGAGACUGAGUUUACUGCAUGUACUUUCUGUCUUGAGAAGCUGCUUUCCCUUUUCCCAGUGUUAAAACAGUCUCGAAUGUACUUUGGUGCCACCCACUGGCCAUAAGUGGAAUUCAGUUUUUGGCUUAAUUUUCUCCUAAGCUAGGUCUCAAGCCUGUAUUUUGUAAUAGAAUAUAUAUAAAACAAAAACCUUGCAUAUAUAAGAUUCUUGUUUUUCUUACAACUCUACUAUAUGAAAGCAGCAUGAGAGUGGUCACAGACAUGCUUUGCAACAAAGUUUUAAUUAGAAUGUAAAUUGUGAAAUUAUACUGUAUUUCCUAUAUAUGUAUAAUUUUCAUAAAAGUAUUUUGUAAAAAUCCUUAAAAUAAAUUAUUAUGACUUAAAUGUA